AUACUACCGAAAGGUUGUAGGGCAAGAGGGUGUCUCCCCCAAACGGCCCGACCCUCCUGCGGCCUCUACGCAUGGACUAUAAUAGGAUGAACUCCUUCUUAGAGUACCCACUCUGUACCCGGGGACCCAGCACCUACAGCGCCCCGACCUCCUUUCCCCCCAGCUCAGCUCCGGCGGUUGACAGCUAUGCAGGCGAAGGCCGCUAUGGUGGGGGGCUGCCCAGUCCAGCGCUCCAACAAAACUCUGGCUACCCUGUCCAGCAGUCGCCUUCAGCCCUGGGGGUGUCCUUUCCCAGCUCCGCUCCCUCGGGGUACGCCCCAGCUGCCUGCAACCCUAGUUAUGGGCCUGGGCCAUCUCAAUAUUACCCUCUGAGUCAGUCGGAAGGAGAUGGAAGCUAUUUUCAUCCGUCGAGCUACGGAGCCCAGCUAGGGGGUUUGCCCGACAGCUAUGGAGCGGGAGGAGUGGGCCCAGGGCCAUACCCUCCCCCGCAGCCUCCUUACGGAAAUGAGCAGACUGCCAACUUUGCACCCGCGUAUGCCGAUCUCCUCUCUGAGGACAAGGAAUCAUCCUGCCCGUCAGAACCCAGCACUCUCACCGCCCAGACCUUCGACUGGAUGAAGGUUAAGAGAAAUCCACCUAAGACAGCGAAGGUGUCGGAGUUGGGACUGAGCGCUCCCGGGGGCCUCCGCACUAACUUCACCACGCGCCAGCUGACGGAGCUGGAGAAGGAGUUCCACUUCAACAAGUACCUGAGCCGGGCCCGCAGGGUGGAGAUCGCCGCCACCUUGGAGCUCAAUGAAACUCAGGUAAAGAUUUGGUUCCAGAACCGGCGCAUGAAGCAGAAGAAGCGCGAGCGAGAGGGAGGCCGGGCGCCUUCAGCCCCCCCAGGCUGUCCCAAGGAAGCAGCUGGCGAUGCCUCCGACCAGUCAUGCACCUCCCCAGAAGCCUCGCCCAGCUCCAUCACCUCCUGAACUGAGCUUCCUCACUAACCCAGCUUCCAGCACAGGAGCGCACCAACCCAGCUCUCUCCUAGACUCUCCGUAACUUCACAGCCCUGGUGAUUCACCUCGAGGCCCAGACACCAGUUUAGAGCUGCCUAGGAAGUGGGGCAGGCGAGGGGAAACAUUUUUUUUUCUCAGAUCUGGGGGUGGAGGGGCUGAUAGCUGGGGAUCCUACUGAUCCAGAGGCCUAGGAAACCCCUUUACCCAUCAAAGGUGGAAGGAAGGGCUUCUGCCUUUGAUCUGGAG